AUGCUCUCACAGUCGACGAUGCCUCGCCGGGCUCCAUCAUCGACCAAUUUCCAGCAAUGCUCUAUUUUACGGCGAGUUAGCUCCAACUGUCCAACAGAUGGCUACGUAUUCUGUGACGCCGCCUCCAAUACAAAUCCAACCACAAUGCAAAUAGAAUUCUUUAAUUCCACGGGAAAUGUCGUGCGCACAGUUCAACGUACUGGAACUACUUUAACUGCUCGAAUUUUCUGUGUAAAUACCGUUUGGGUUGUGAGGGCGGCAGCGAAUUCUAAUACCAAUCUACCAAUUUCCCAGGUUUCAUGUUCACAAACAGGAUCCACUGGAGCUGAUGAAGGCUAUUUGGUUGGAUCGGCAACAGAUUAG